AUGUUGGCCUCUGCCCUCCUCAUCCUUGUUUCCUGCCUCAAAGGGCAUGCAGGCCCGGUGCCCCAUUUCCUGCAACAGCCGGAGGACCUAGUGGUGCUGCUAGGGGACGAGGCCCAGCUGCCUUGUGCUCUGGGCGCGUACUGGGGGCUGGUUCAAUGGACUAAGGAUGGGCUGGCUCUAGGGGGUGACAGGGACCUGCCAGGAUGGUCCCGGUACUGGAUAGCAGGUAAUGCAGCCAGCGGCCAGCACAACCUCCAUAUCAGACCUGUCGAGCUAGAGGACGAAGCACUAUACGAGUGUCAGGCCACACAGGCAGGCCUCCGCUCUCGCCCGGCCCAGUUGCAUGUAUUGGUGGCUCCAGAAGCUCCCCAGGUGCUGGGCGGCCCUGCCGUGUCUCUGGUUGCUGGGGUUCCUGCGAAUCUGACCUGUCGGAGCCGGGGGCAUGCCCGCCCCACCCCUGAGCUGCUGUGGUUCCGCGAUGGGGUCCGGCUGGAUGGGGCCACUUCACGUCAGACUCUGCUGAAGGAAGGGACCACUGGCACAGUGGAGAGCACUUUAUCCCUAACACCUUCCAGCCACGAUGACGGAGCCACCUUGGUCUGUCGGGCUCGGAGCGAGGCCCUGCCCACAGGGAGAGACACGGCUAUCACACUGAGCCUGCAGUAUCCCCCAGUGGUGACUCUGUCCGCAAAUCCCCAGACUGUGCAGGAAGGAGAAAAGGUCACCUUCCUCUGCCAGGCCACGGCCCAACCUCCCGUCACCGGCUACAGGUGGGCUAAGGGGGGCUCCCCGGUGCUUGGGGCCCGGGGGCCAAGAUUGGAGGUCGUGGUAGACGCGUCGUUCCUGACUGAACCCGUGUCCUGCGAGGUCAGCAACGCCGUGGGUAGCGCCAACCGCAGCACCGCGCUGGACGUGCUAUUCGGGCCCAUUUUACAGGCAAAGCCGCAACCCAUGUCCGUGGACGUCGGCGAAGAUGCCUCCUUCAGCUGUGCCUGGCGUGGGAACCCGCCUCCAAGGGUAACCUGGACCCGCCGCGGGCGGGCGCAGGUGCUAGGCUCCGGGCCCACCCUGCGUCUCCGGUCCGUGGGAUCCGAGGAUGCAGGCGACUACGUGUGCAGGGCUGAGCCAGGGACUUCAGGCCUGGGGGGCGGUGCUGCAGAAGCGAGGCUCACAGUGAACGCUCCCCCAGUAGUAACCGCUCUGCACUCUGCGCCUGCUUUUCUGAGGGGUCCUGCCCGCCUCCAGUGUCUAGUGUUCGCCUCCCCUACCCCAGAAGCCGUGGUCUGGUCUUGGGAUGAGGGCUUUUUGGCUGCGGGGUCACAGGGCCGGUUUCUGGUGGAGACGUUGCCAGCUCCCAAGGGCCUUGAGGGACAAGGUCCAGGCCUGAUCUCAGUGCUACACAUUGCGGGGACCCAGGAGUCGGACUUUAGCCGGAGCUUCAACUGCAGUGCCCGGAACCGGCUGGGCGAGGGAGGUACCCAGGUCAGCCUGGGUCGAAAAGACUUGCUGCCCUUCGUACGGAUUGUAGCCGGAGUGGCUACUGUGGCCACAACUAUCCUUAUGGUCAUCACUGGGGUGGCCCUCUGCUGUUGGCGCCAUGGCAAAAGUCAGUCCUCCUCCAAGCCAAAGAAGCUGGUGCGAAUCCCAGGCAGCAGUGAUGGCUCCAGCUCUCGAGGUCCCCAGGAAGAGGAGGUGACCAGCGGUGAGGACCGGGGCUCCAUCAUGCACACAGACCACAGUGACCUGGUUCUGGAUGAGGGAAUUCUGGAGACCAAGGACCCAACCAACGGUUACUACAAGGUCCGAGGGGUCAGUGUGAGCCUGAGCCUUGGUGAAGCCCCUGGAGGAGGCAUCUUUCUGCCACCCACCUCUCCCCUUGCACCCCCAGCAAGCCCCACAUUCUACGACUUCAGCCCACACCUGGGCAUGGCUCCCCCCUGCAGACUGUACAGAGCCCGAGCAGGCUAUCUCACCACACCCCAUCCUCGAGCUUUCACCAGCUACAUCAAACCUACAUCCUUUGGACCCCCAGACCUGGCUCCUGGGACUCCCCCCUUCCCAUAUGCUGCCUUCCCCACACCCAGUCACCCCCGCCUCCAGACUCAUGUGUGA